UUUUUAGUAAAAAUGGAAUUGGGAAACAUCGAGAUUAGAAAUAUUUCAAAGAUUGAACGAAUUGGAGCACACUCACACAUUACCGGGCUUGGAUUAAAAGAAAAUUAUGAACCUCUUGAUAUUGCUGAAGGAAUGGUUGGACAACAUUCAGCGCGCAAAGCUGCUGGUUUAAUUGUUAAAAUGAUAAAGGAUGGCCAUAUAGCCGGCAGAGCUUUGCUAAUUGUUGGAAAUCCUGGUACUGGAAAGACGGCCGUUGCAAUGGCUAUUUCAAAAUCUGUUGGGGAAGACACUCCUUUUGUUUCUAUUUCUGCUAGUGAAGUUUAUUCAAUGGACAUAAGCAAGACCGAAGCACUCACUCAAGCCUUCAGAAAAUCGAUUGGAAUAAGAAUUAAAGAAGAAACUGAGGUCCUAAAAGGCGAAGUUGUUCAAGUCGAAAUUGAUCGUCCUGCAACUGGUGUUGGUCCAAAAGUUGGGAAAUUGACUUUAAAAACUACAGACAUGGAGGCAAUUUAUGAUAUUGGAAAUAAAAUGACUGAAUCAUUAAUAAAAGAACGUGUAACAAGUGGAGAUGUAAUUCAAAUUGAUAAAGCAACUGGGAAAAUUACAAAAAUUGGAAGGUCAAUUUCAAAAUCAAAAGAUUAUGAUGCUCUUGGUCCCCAAGUUAAAUUGGUUCCUUGCCCUUCAGGAGAAAUUCAAUCACGAAUGGAAAUUGUAAAUACAAUAUCUUUACAUGAUAUUGAUACAAUUAAUUCACGUUCUCAUGGUUAUAUGGCAGUAUUUUCUGGAGAUACUGGAGAAAUUCGGAGCGAAGUUCGAGAGCAGAUUAAUAAAAAGGUUAUUGAAUGGAGAGAAGAAAACAAAGCACAAAUAAUUCCAGGAGUUUUAUUUGUAGAUGAAGUUCACAUGCUUGAUUUGGAAUGCUUUUCUUUUCUUAAUCGUUAUAUUGAAUCCGAUCUUUCACCAAUUUUGGUGAUGGCUACAAAUCGUGGAAUAACUAAUAUUCGAGGCACAUCACUUGGAUCUCCCCAUGGAAUUCCGUUAGAUUUGCUUGACCGUUGUUUAAUUAUUCGGACGGUAAAAUAUACUGAACAGGAGAUUCGUGAAAUAUUAAGAAUCCGCUCAUCAGACGAAUUAAUUGAAAUGGACCAAGAUGGGCUAGAUUUUCUUGUUUCUGUUGCUGGAAAAACUUCGUUAAGAUAUUGUAUGCAAUUAAUCUCAACCGCCGAUAUCAUCCGACAGAGGAGAAAGGGAGAACAAGUCGACAAAAGCGACGUAGAAAAGGCCUAUCAACUUUUCAGUGACAUGGGUCGUUGUAAAGAAGAAAUGGAAAAAUACGAAGAUUGGUUGAUUAACGAUGUUAAUUAA